AGGGCGUAUUACCGUGAUCGCCUGAUGCCGUUGGAAUGACCUGACCACAAAGAAAGCGCUCAGGCCGCAGGGUAAAGUGCACAGAGUCCUAGCUUGCUCAAUAUAAAUAAAGUCUAGGUCGAGGAAAUCAAAGCAGCCAGGCAGUCACAAUCCAUUCUCCUUGAGAGCCUCCGCUUGAUCAUCACUAUAUCAUCCUCAUCCAGAUUGCACACAACUCAGCUUUCUCAGUCAUGGCAACUAACUCUACCAAUGGUGCUUCUAAGCAGCACAAGUUCGACCCAAAUUUUACUCAGAGUGUCAUUGAUGCCACUGGUCCAAAAACAUCGCCGCGUAUGCGGCAAGUCAUUUCAAGUAUGAUACAGCACAUGCAUGACUUUGUCCGCGAGAAUGAGAUUACCAUGGACGAAUGGAUGGCUGGUAUUGACUUUAUCAACCAGGCUGGCAAAAUGUCAGACGAUAAGCGCAAUGAGACCCAGCUACUCACAGAUAUCAUAGGCCUCGAGUCUCUCGUGGAUGAGGUCACAUUCACGCUCGCCGGUGAAGCUAACGACGCUCCUACGGCCACCGCGAUCCUUGGCCCCUUCUGGCGGAAAGAUGCCCCUAAGCGCAAGAUGGGCGAGACAAUAGUGUUUGGGAUCGAGGAUGGAGAUCAUACCUGGAUGCAUGGCACAGUUACAGACUUCAAUACGGGAAAGCCAAUUGAGAACGCGGAGCUGGACGUCUGGCACACUGCUCCGAACGGCUUGUAUGAACAGCAAGAUCCAGACCAACCGGACAUGAACCUACGAGGGCGGUUCACCACGGGGCCGGAUGGAAAAUAUGACUUCUAUUGCUUACGCCCGACAAGUUAUCCUAUCCCAGAUGAUGGGCCGGGUGGGAAGCUUCUACAAUUGCUGGACAGGCAUCCAAUGAGACCGGCGCAUAUUCACUUUAUUGUCAGCGCCCCCGGAUAUAGGCCAAUAGUAACACAGAUCUUUGACCGUCGGGACGAACAUAUCAAGGAUGAUACCGUGUUCGCAGUCAAAGACUCACUCAUUGUAGAUUUCUUGCCCUUUGAAGGAGAUCCAAAGGCUCAGUUUGAGCUACCUUACGAUUUCAAACUUGCUUCCUUCGAGGCUGCUGAUGCAGAGGGGGCGACUACUUCUACUGGGCAUCUGUAGCAUGUGGAUUAGUGCGAUGUGACGAUCGAGUCGUCACUGGGGUCUGUAUAGCUCAUGUAGGCUUAGGUAUAACCGAUAUCAAUUUGGCGAUGGAUAAGCUAAAUUCGCCAUGUCGAUUGGUCUUCGAGUACCACGAAGAUAGCCUGCGAAAGUGACGACGUUGCGACGGUUCGCAAUGCGCGCGGGACUUGGGUCAUUAUAUUCUUCAAAUUGUGUUUGCUAUGGCACGUCUAAGGAGCAGCGUAUUAUUCACUCACUAACCCGGGUCUAGCCGGAUGGUCUGCCAGUACCCUGAUAGCACGAUCCACACUAUCUAACACGGCCACAAAUCAUCAACCACGUCUAGCGGGGUAGCGCCGCUGCAUUAAAUCGAAAUCUAAUAUCUGACCC